AUGGGUGACUGGAACCUGCUGGGGAGGCUUCUGGAGAGUGCUCAGGAGCACUCCACAGUGGUGGGGAAGGUCUGGCUCACUGUCCUGUUCAUUUUCCGUAUCCUUGUCUUGGGGGCAGCUGCCGAGAAAGUCUGGGGGGACGAACAGUCGGGCUUCUCCUGCGACACCAAGCAGCCAGGCUGCCAGAACGUCUGUUAUGACAAAACCUUCCCCAUCUCUCACAUCCGCUUCUGGGUGCUGCAGAUCAUCUUUGUCUCCACCCCCAGCCUCGUGUACCUGGGCCACAUCCUGCAUCUGGUGCGCAUGGCGGAGAAGGAGCAGCAGCGAGAGGAGACUUGGGUGGCCCAGCAGGAACCCCUGGUGCAGCAUAAACCUUCCAUCAAAGAUGUUCAUGGCAAAAUCCGCCUGCAGGGGGCCAUUCUGAGGACUUAUAUUUGCAACAUUGUUUUUAAGAUGCUCUUUGAGGUGGGCUUCAUUGUGGGCCAAUACGCACUGUAUGGGUUUGAACUAAAGCCUCUCUACACGUGCAACCGCUGGCCCUGCCCCAACACGGUUAACUGCUACAUAGCCCGGCCCACCGAGAAGACCAUCUUUGUCUUCUUCAUGACGGGGGUGGCCUGCCUGUCUCUGCUCCUCAAUCUGAUAGAAAUAUACCACCUGGGCUCCACCAAGUGCAGGCAGGGGUUGGCAGCCAACCACUGCCAGGCGCCCGACCCCAAGGCCAGCUCCAACACUCCCAGAGAAACAAGCAACCACCACAUUCCCCACUGUCCUGUGGCCAACAGCCUUCCCCAUCCUGCUGACCCCAGCCUUCCAUUGCAGCUUUACGCCGGCCAAACAGCUCCCUCUGCGGGCAGGGACAGCCGUGCAGCAUGGAGCAGCCGCGAGACAGGCAAUCAGGGCCUGGCCAUGGACGAACCAUUGCAGCGGGGCAGCAGGUCCAGUAAAUCUAGCGCUAAGCUGAGACCCAGUGACUUGGCUGUUUAA